AUGAUUAAAAAAGAAACAAAUAGAUAUGCUUAUACAACCAUUCAAAAAUUAAAAAGAGCAAAUAAACUUAAGCUCAAUUCUGUAUGGAAUAAAUGGUUACCCGUUAAAGAGUGUGAAAUAUAUUCUUUUUUUGCAGUAAUUUUGCAUAUGUGUCUUAUACCAAAACCUCAACUUAAGGACUUUUGGUCUCAAAAUACCGUUGUACAAAGUUCUUUUGCUCCAAAAGUAAUGCCACGAGACCGUUUUUUAUCAAUAUUAUCCAUGUUGCAUUUAGUUGACAACAGUAAAUAUGUACCAAGGGAAAAUAUAAAUCACGACAGAUUAUUCAAAAUACGUCCAUUUUCCGAUUUUUUGAGUAAGCAAUGUUCUAAAUUUUACAAACCAGCUCAAAAUUUAACAGUAGAUGAGGGGAUCUGUCCAUUUAGAGGAAGAAUUAGUUUUAGAGUUUAUAUGAAAAACAAACCUCAGAAAUAUGGUAUGAAACUGUAUAUAUUAUCUGAUCCUGAAACCGGAUAUACAUUAAAUUUCGAAAUAUACUCGGGUAAAGAACAGCAGGAUAAUUCAAUAUGUGCGUUGUAUGAUAGACUCUUGCGUGAUUAUUAUUAUAAGGGCCACACAAUUUAUAUGGACAGGUUUUAUACGAGUCCUUUAGUUUUAAAACACCUCUGGAAUAAACAAACUAAUGCAGUCGGUACAGUCAUGUCAAAUAGGAAAAAUUUACCAAAAGAUUUAAUUAAACAAAAAUUAUUAAAAGGUGAAAUUACUUUUGCUAGAUGUGGUCCUCAGAUGUUUCUGAAAUGGAGAGAUACAAGAGAUGUAUUAGUUAUGUCGACAGUUCAUAAUGCUGAUUUAGCUCCGGUAACCGUGAGGAGUAAAGUUGGGCCCUUAGAAAAGUUUAAGCCACAAGUGAUUAUUGACUAUAACAAAUAUAAAACAGGUGUCGACCAUGGCGACCAGAUGAUUGCAUAUUACCCUUUUAAUCGAAAAACAAUGAAAUGGUGGAAAAAAAUGUUUUUCUAUUUAUUUAUGGUCAGUACAGUGAACAGUUUUAUUUUACACAAAAAAACGAAAAAUGUCAAAAACGAGAAUUUGAGACUCAGAAACUUCAUGAUAAAUUUGGCUUCACAGUUGGCAAAUCAAUCAGAUUCUUACCCACGAUUUAAUGAAGUUUCAAGCUCGGAGAACCGUUUAAAAGGUCGCCAUUUUAUUUCUAAAAUUCCUCCUACUUUGUCAAAAGCACAUCCAAGAAGGGUAUGUAAAGUUUGCGCUGAAAAAGCUAAGCGUUCUACAGGAAAUCGAGGAAGAAAAGAAACAUCUUAUUAUUGUAGGAGCUGUAAUAUACCACUAUGUGUUGACGAAUGUUUUGAAAUUUACCAUACCAAACAAAACUAUUGGAUGUAA